GUCAUUGGAUUUAUAAAUACAAUCAGCUCCAGAAAUAGGUGGCUACAGGUUUUCCAGGCGUACCGACUAAAAUAAAAUAGCCUGGAUUCGGUUAACAAUAAUAUUGUCUUAUUGUCUGCCGCGCGUUCGAGUUUAGUGCGACUCUAUCAAUAUUUCGCUGUAGAAAGUUGUAUUUUUUUUAAAUUCAAAUAUGGAAGAGGAUGAUGCCCAACAAUUUUCUUUGCGCUGGCACAACCACCAGGUAGAUGCACUGAGGACCGUGUUAUCUGAAGCUACACUGUUUAUUACCUUUGGACACACCUAUACAAAUGACAAGUGUGAUCGGCGCUCUAGGGCGGAUGCUAACGACGGGGGCCCUGAGUGAUGUGACACUGAGCGCGAGUGGGGCCUCGCUGCGUGCUCAUCGACUCGUGUUGGCAGCUUGCAGCCAAUACUUCGCUCAAUUGUUUAAGGAAGUAGACACAGAUAACAACACACUAGUCGUCGUGCUAGGCUGUGAAGUGGCAGAAUUAAGGCUGCUCCUCACAUUCAUGUACACGGGAGAAGUUACAGCAUCAAGACAGUGUCUCCCCGCGUUGCUGCGUCUCGCUCACACUCUACAGGUCUCUGGAUUGACUGAUGCUGAUACGAAUACAGAGUUACAACAACCAUUGCCAGAGCUUAAUGAACCAGAAGCGCCUAUAAACCUAGAGAAAUCCAAUACACCCACUAAUUAUCUAAAAAAUGAAUCAAUUGAUACAGAAAUUAAUAAACCAACAAGUGAAACACAUAGAGAAUCAGAUUAUUUGAAUGAAAUAGUGGGCAGGAAUGAAAAAGAUAAAUUAAGCAAAUUAGACCAAAUUGUUCAAAAUUUGUAUAGUUCACAUAGAGUUGGAAAUUUCAUAGGGACAAUGACAACUCCACCGCUACCAACACUACCUAGUUUGGGAGAACCGCCAGACUACGACAAGCGAUGGCGCUCAAACAGCUCAGUGUGUACCAUCUGCAACAAGCGACUCAGUAACCAGUACAACUUACGUGUUCACAUGGAGACGCACGCUGGCCGCCGACAUGCGUGUCGCGCGUGCAGCCAUGUGUCGCGCUCACGAGAUGCGCUACGCAAACACGUGGCAUACCGGCACGCUGGCACGCAGCAUAGGAUGUGACAUUAAAGACGAAACUCGCAAAACUUACACAAAAUUCCAGAACUUAAAAAACUAUCACACUGAUAUUAUAAAGGCGAAAGGUUUGUGUGUAUGUGCGUAUUUGUUACUCUUUCACGCAAAAACUACUGGACGAAUUUGGUUAAAAUUUAGAAUCUAAUUGAAUAUAAUCUAAAAUUUGGUAGCAUUAAAACAGCUGUUUUGUUUGGCGGGCAUUUUCGGCAGAAAUGAUUUUUUAACGUUACUUAUUACUGCCGUCCAAAAAAUGCUAUUUUUAAGUCCCACUUAAAGAAGUUUCUACUUCAAAAACAUAUUGUUAAAAAUUAUUGAGAUGACUUAUUUUAUGUUUAUUUGUCACUUAUAAAAUGUAUGGCCAUCUCAACAAAUCAUAACACAAGAAAAGCAAUUAUCGCGCUGUCACUGAGUUCAAAUCCUUUGUAGUUUUCAUCAAGUGGCUGAGCCGAUACAAUUUACACGAACACACAUUAUGUUAUAUUUUAUUAACUGGUCAGUUAUAUUGCUAGUUCACUGCACAUUUAUUUCAUUUUUAUCAUUUGAUUAAAAAAAUUAAGAAUAGAAACCUUAUUUCUGGAUUCAGUCCUUCACAAAGCGUACUGUACUUAUAUGUGAUUAAAUUAUUUUCCGAACAAAAAUAGUGUGUGAUGAUAGGCCCCCCGGAUCGAAGGGCCCAAAAGAAUAAGGAAAGGCCCCCGAAUGACUCAAUAAAUGAUUAACAUAGUCUAACCUAAAUAAUAAUUUGGUUAGUUAAUUUAAUGAAACGCGAAAGUACAUAGAUACCAUAAAAUAUUUUUUAUUAUUUGUACCAAUCAUAACUUUACUGGACUGUUUUCUAUGAAUGUUUGUUCUGUCCUUCGAUGUCUUAAAUGUAAAGGCAUGCCCAUAUUUUAUAAGUCGACACUUUCGCAUUGAGCCCACUGCCAGAGUUCUAGAGUUCAGAGUUCUGCAUUCCACGUUCAGUCGUCAUCAGCAACACCUGCAUCUCUCACACUAUAGGCAUACAUUUGACACCUGCCAGUGUAAGUGAUGCCUCGACGGUUUGUUACAAGUUUCUAACUGUUGUGAACUGUGGUAGAGCGCAAAACUCUCUGUUACAGAACUUUGACAGUAUGAUCGAUGCCUUAGUUAUUAAUAAACUGGAAUGUAGAGGCAAGGAGGACCAUCUCUGGAGAAAAGUUGAAACAGUAAUAGUUCAAAAACCCUCCAAAUUGGAGCUAGCGUAGACAAUGCAGAUGCAGAGUUAGAAAAAACGGAUUGAAGUACGCCGAGUUAGAAAAUUUAACAUUAGUGCCUAUUAUAGUUAAUAACAGUCCAGUAUUACCAUACCUCAACAAUUUAUGUAGUUAUAUAGUUUCUUUCUCUAUUUUAAAACCGCUCUUUUUAAAUUUUACCCUUUGGCUACUGUAGCGCCGCCCUUAUUUGGCACAUUUUAACGAUCACUUUUUUUUACAUGACCAGAGAUCGUGCUCCUUGCCUAAUGCCUAACUCUUUUAACGAUAUUCUAGUCAUACUUUUAAGUUUUCAAAAGACAAAAACGAAUAAAAGACUUAAGUACCUAUUAAUUAAUUUCAAUAAAUAAA